AUGGCAACAAGUGUGAAAUUAGGGGAAGAAGAUAAGGCUUUUUAUGACCAACCUUCACUUUACCGUAGCAUUGUAGGUGGUCUGCAGUACCUUACCCUUUCCAGGCCUGAUUUGGCUUUCUCUGUCAAUCGCCUAAGUCAAUUUCUUCAGCCUCCCACCAUUGCACAUUGGACUGCUUGUAAAAGAGUUCUCCGCUACAUCAAGGGAACUCUUUCACAUAGACUUAUUUUUCAGAAAAACUCAGAAUUCAUCCUUGAAGGAUAUGCUGAUGCAGAUUGGGCUAGUGAUGUAAGUGAUAGGAGAUCAACUAAUGGGUAUAGCAUCUUCCUUGGAAGAAAUCUAGUACAAUGGGUUUCUAGGAAGUAG